AUGCGUCUUUCUGCAGUGGUUGGACUACUGUCCACCCUUUCGCUUGCCUUGGCUUCUGAUCAUAGAGCAACCCACCGUGUUCAUGAUGCAUACAAGCGAUCUAAUCAGACUACCACUGCCAGCCCCGACUAUGACUAUGUGGUGGUUGGCUCGGGUCCUGGAGGUGGUCCUCUAGCAGCACGAUUGGCCAUUGCUGGAUUCAAGGUCCUUCUGAUUGAUGCCGGAGACGACCAGGGAAAUGCCACUCAGCAGAUGGUUCCUGCUCUGCAGCUUCAGUCUACAGAGUAUGAGCCCAUGAGAUGGGAUUACUAUGUCAACCACUACCAGAACUUGAGCCGUCAGGAACAAGACUCCAAGAUGACCUAUCGCAAGCCCGAUGGUGAACUUCACGUUGGAAGCAAUGCCCCCAAUGGCUCUGAGCCUCUGGGAAUUCUCUAUCCCCGAGCUGGUACUUUGGGUGGAUGCUCUGCCCACAAUGCUAUGAUCACUAUCUACCCCUACGAGAAUGACUGGGAUCAAUUGGCCGGUCUCACAGGCAACGACUCUUGGUCUGCCAAGAACAUGCGCAACUACUUCAAGAAGCUCGAGCGCAACCGAUAUGCGCCCAGCAGCUUAAUUGGCCACGGCUUCGACGGCUGGCUUACAACCAGUCUGACAGACUUGCGUCUCGUCAUCGAAGACCAGAAGCUCCUGUCCCUGAUCUUGGCCGGUGCCACCGCUGCCGGGAAAUCGCUGAUUGGAAAACUGGUCACUACCGUCGCCGGCCUUGGAGGCAUCCUGACGCGUGACCUGAACAACGGCCUCCCCUUGCGCGAUCACGAAACAGGUCCCUUCCAGGUGCCUCUAGCCGUGGAUGUUCCCGAGUACAAGCGCACCGGUCCCCGCGAGUUCCUAAUGAAGACCAUCAACGCCGUGAACAAGGACGGCUCGCGCAAAUACCACCUCGACCUCCAGCUGGACACUCUCGUCACCAACGUCCGCUUCGACAAGUCUGGCCCCACGCCGCGGGCCACGGGCGUUGACUACCUCACCGGAAAGAGCCUGUACCGCGCCGACCCCCGCGCCUCUCGCACAGAAGCCAAUGGAAAGCCCGGAAGCGUCAGCGCCGCCCGCGAAGUCAUCCUCUCUGCCGGCACUUUCAACACCCCGCAACUGCUGAAGCUGAGCGGCAUCGGUCCCAAAGAGGAGCUCUCCAAAUUCAACAUCACCACUCUAGUCGACCUCCCCGGUGUCGGACGCAAUCUGCAGGACCGCUACGAGUUGGGCACAAUCGGCAAGUCGCCCACCGACUUUGUCCUCACCUCCAAGUGCACCUUCAUGUACUCCAUGCCCGAUCCCUGUCUGGACCAGUACAACAACGACCCCAUCUUCAAGGGCACGUACACUACCAACGGUAUCGCUAUCGCCAUCAUCCGCAAGUCAUCUGUCGCGGAGAAUGAGCCAGACCUCCUGAUCAGUGGCGCGCCUGUCAACUUCCCUGGCUACUACCCCAACUACUCCUACGAGGGUCUGAAGGAUGCCCAGCACUGGACCUGGAUUACACUCAAGACACGUUCCCGCAACAAUGCCGGCACAGUCGAGUUGAAGUCUACCGACCCCCGCGACAUGCCCCAGAUCAACUUCCACUCGUUCGACGAAGGUGUGACGGAAAAUGGCGGUGACAGCAAGGAUCUGCAGGCCGUGUACGAGGCUAUGGAGUUUUCGCGCACCAUCUUCAAAGAUCUUAUCCCCCUUGACGGUGGAUUCGAGGAGGUCUGGCCCGGUCCUAAUGUUACUACCGAAAAUGACAUGAAGGACUUCAUUAAGCGAGAGGCUUGGGGUCACCAUGCUUGCUGCACGGCUGCUAUUGGAGAAGAUAAUGAUCCUAUGGCUGUGCUGGAUGCGGAUUUCCGGGUUCGUGGUGUUGACGGUCUCCGUGUCGUUGAUGCUUCUAUUUUCCCUAAGAUUCCGGGUUACUAUGUUGCGUUGCCUAUUUAUAUGAUCAGUGAGAAGGCUGCCGAUGUCAUCAUUGCCGAUGCUGUAUAG